AUGGGUUCGAAACCAUGCCUGUGCAUUGUUAGGGUCGACCUUGACUGUCCAGGCCAAGGCGACCGCGGAAGCUGCUGUGGCUCUGAUGCCUUCUACCGGGACACAUUCUUGGACGAAGAUCCGGUUGGAGAGGAGAGCAUCUCCAACUUUGCCUGGGAGCAAGCCCGUCUGAAGUCACUCAAAGGGCAGGUUUUCUUGGACUACACCAAAUUCUCGGCCGCGCAGGCUGCCUCCGCCUUCAAGCGCCGCCUCUCUGGAGCGCUUCCGGAGCCCUUCCCCCACAAGGAUGCCGCUGCGCCCUUUAGUGAUGGAUCGACCAGCCCGGUCAGUCCUUUCAGUCGUACUUUUUCCGACUGGACCCGGAGUUCGGACUGGCUUGGGAAGACGAUGAAAGAAUGGAAGAAAGAUGGUCUGCCGCCGAACAGUGAGCCGUACUGGAAGAAGGGUGAUGGCGCAGGGUUGGAGGUCCGCUGUGGGAGCGAUUACAAGAACAAGCGUCAGCAUAUGACUACAUCUGCUGCCCACAUGUAUCACACACUGACCGUGGAUGCCAUUUGCUCUUCAGUGCCGCUUCACAGUAUCGUCGGCAGCGCUGUCACAUCAUUGCCACCGACUUCACCAAAGAGUGAAUGGCGUUUUGGCUGCCCGCUGCCCAGGAUUCUUUGCAUCAACGUGAUGCUACCGCAUUACAACCCAAAGAAUCCCUGGGCCAAAGAUGAAGGUGGGUGCAGUUAUGUUGGAUUCUUCGAGAUCACUAACGAGACGGUGGCACAGGUUAAUAGUUCUGCGCCGCCGGCAUGUGUACGGAUGUUCCGCAAGUUCUGUGAAGGACCUGCUGGAAAUCCCGGCUGUCCUCCAGACCAUCCCGACAGGAGUGCGUACCGUCGCCGCGACACCUCAAAGCGGAAGGACAUGGAUCCAGGACUGCUCCGAGCUGCAGGAUGGUGUUUGAACCAAGCCGAGCUCGGUGUCCCAGAUUUUCUGCAUCAGUUCAAUGGCAAAUCCUUCGUUAUUGCAGACAGCGGCUACGUCAUCAAGGAUCCUCAGGGCGAAUGGUUGGAAGUGGGAUUUGAUGUUCGGAAGUUCCCUUUCCUCUUCGUGGAUGUGCUGUACAACUUCCGGGACUUUAUUCCACUGGCGAAGUGUCACUAUGGCUUCACCGUCCAGGCCGUCGAAGACGAGGAUUUGCCUGAAGGCAUCAUCUGCGAUGUGUACAUCUCCGGGAUCAGCAUCACAGAAGACCCCAAGGCCGGUCGGACAGGGCGUCUACCGCACCCACGCGGACGAGCAGUGCUGGUGGCACAUGGUCGUGAGCUGAUGAAGGUGACGAAGGGUUUUCUGACGGAGACUGGUGUGCAGAAGUGGGAAACGUUGGGCUGGGGCAGCCCUUCUUUGUCAGACAUGGCAAGCAUGGCAGACCCGGACAGCAGGAAUGUCAAGACGUGGGUGGAUGACCUUUACUCUGGCGAGGAGAAACAGAGACACCGAAGUGAGGCCGCGGCGCGCCUGGAUGCGGCGCUCGGGGGACCUGUACGGCACCUCCGAAAGCGGGAAGUCGCAGCGCGGAGAAAGUUCCGGUUUUCCAGGUGUUCGGGUAUCUGUCGGCGGCCUUGA